GCUGGAACGGGGGGAUAUACUAGUGGAAAUGCGCUCUUGGCAUAAUUGAAAGAAAGAAAGAAGAAUUGAAAGAAUUGAAGGACGAGCCUACAAACACGAGAUGCGAAUGUUAAAAUCUAAAUUAAAUACUUCGUGACUCACACUUGGAAAUAGCAAUAGGCUAUUCCUUUUGGCUACAGAAUCACCUUUUGCAAUUAGGCUAUAAAUUUAAAUGUGGAUAGCCUACACACUGAAGCUUGAAUGACUCUCGAUUCUUUUCUACGCGGGUGUCCGCUUAAACUGCCCUUUCGUCUAGUGUUUGUAAGUUAAAAUAAAGCCACGGGCAUCGCACGUAUCAGCGUGAAAUUUUGAAAAACGGACAACAGAUUGGUUUUCAUUUGAAAAGUUAUUUUUGCAUUUCUGUACAGUUGGCUUCCGAACGCAUAUUGUUUCCUCGAGAGACCUAAGAGGAACGGAAGAGAACAGCGGUGCUUUAAAAUACUUCAUUUUCAGUUCCGUGCACAGCGAAACCAAAAAAAGGUGCGACAGUUACAUGGAGCCGCUAAAGAACAUGUUUGCUCGCAGCCCACUAUCCAGCUGGAAAGCUCUUGAACAGUCACAAGCGGACAGCUUCACAAACCCGGUAUGGACGGCUUUGUUCGACUAUGAGGCCAGCGGGAAGGAUGAGCUUACGCUCCGCAAAGGUGACUUGGUGGAGGUGCUGUCGUUGGACUCGGAGAUAUCGGGCGACGAAGGUUGGUGGGCGGGCAAGGUUAACAAUAAAUUGGGUAUCUUUCCGUCUAACUACGUCUCUUUAAAUCCCAGCGGCUAUGGGCAGCUACAGGCUCCGGAUGUGGUUGGGGAGCUUAGCCCAGUAGUUGGGGUCUUCGAACCCAAACAGCUGGACUUUCGGGAACUCAGCCUGGAGGAGGUGAUAGGGGUAGGCGGAUUUGGAAAAGUGUACCGUGGCACUUGGAGAGGGGAGCUGGUGGCCGUGAAAGCGGCGCGUCAGGACCCGGACGAGGACAUCAGCGUAACGGCUCAGAAUGUGCUGCAGGAGGCACGGCUGUUUGCCAUGCUCGACCAUCCGAACAUCAUCACACUGAAAGGGGUUUGUUUACUGGAACCGAACCUGUGUCUCAUCAUGGAGUACGCCUCCGGUGGCGCCUUGAGCCGGGCGCUCGCUGGGCGCCGCAUACCCCCGCAUGUCCUGGUUAAUUGGGCUGUGCAGAUUGCGAGGGGUAUGCUAUACCUCCACAGCGAGGCGAUAGUGCCCGUCAUUCACCGGGAUCUGAAGUCUAACAACAUCCUCCUGGCUCAGGCGAUAGAGAAUGAGAGGAUGGAGGGGAAGACUCUGAAGAUCACAGAUUUUGGGCUGGCCCGCGAGUGGCACAAGACCACUAAGAUGAGCGCAGCGGGCACCUACGCCUGGAUGGCUCCGGAGGUGAUCAAGUCCUCCACCUUCUCCAAGGGCAGCGACGUGUGGAGCUACGGCGUGCUGCUGUGGGAGUUGCUGACGGGGGAGGUGCCCUACAGGGGGAUUGAUGGUCUGGCUGUGGCCUAUGGCGUGGCCGUCAACAAGCUGACCCUGCCCAUCCCCUCCACCUGCCCUGAGCCCUUUGCACAGCUGAUGGCAGAGUGCUGGGAUCAGGACCCUCACCACCGACCCAGCUUUGCCACCAUCUUGGCUCAGCUGACAGCGCUGAAGCAGCAGGUGCUGGAGGAAAUGCCACCGGACUCCUUCCACUCCCUGCAGGAGGACUGGAAACUGGAGAUACAGGACAUGUUCAAUGAGCUGCGAGCCAAGGAGAAGGAGCUGCUGUGCAGGGAGGAGGAGCUCCAGAGGGCUGCUCUGGAGCAGAAGUCUCAUGAGGAGUUCCUGCGGCAGCUGGAGCAGCAGCUGGCUCAGAGGGAACAGGACGUGUUCGAGCGCGAGUUCAGCCUGCUCAUCCUGCACAUGAACCAGGACAAGCCCAACGUCAAGAAGCGCAAGGGCACCUUCAAGAAGCACAAACUCAAGGGCAAGAACAGCGACAAGAUCAGCAUGCCUCAGGAUUUCAUCCACAAGAUCACAGUGCAGGCGUCCCCAGGUCUGGAGAAGGGACAGAACUUUCAGGAUCUGGCCUCGGGCCUGUCCCCCACCUUCGGACCCCGGUUCCGGGCCAUCCAGCUCCCCAGUGAGAGCAGCAGGGCUUGGGGCCUUGGCUCCGUUUGGCCCCCAGAGGCCCCACCCAGUAAACAGCCCAAUGGGGAGCAGCGGCUGAGCCCCCACUGGAGCCCUCAAGGCCCCCCCACCCCCGACAGGCCCAAAUGUCUGCACCUCAACUCCCAGGAGAGCAGCCUGUGUGUGAGACCCAAACCCCUGGAGACGGACAGCAGUCAGAAUGAUGACAUAAAGGCUGGUUUUGCGGAGAACAGACCUCCCACGCCAGAAUCUUCCCUGAAUGGUUUCACUUUAAAGGAGCCCCCCGGGACUGGUGUGCCUCAGGGGGACCCUGAAAGUGAAGAGGACACCCCACACGGGCCCUUCCAAUCUCCCGCUGGGUCCCCAAGGGGCUCCGUUGGGGGGCUCCUGAAUUGCACCCACAGGGCUCUGCUGGAGGGCGGGGCCUUGCUGGCCGCGGUGGCUCUAGGCCGCUGCAUGGAGACGCCCCCCGCCGUGCCCCCCAGAAACAACGGCCUGCACCUGGGGCACCUGAAACUCGAGCUCACACCGGAUGGCCCCCCAAAAGAGGAAGACCUCAUCACCUUCUCCCACUCUGGGCCCCUCCCUCGGCCGCUCUUUGACUUCAUCCUGACCCCCCCGGGCAGUGAGCCUGUGCCCGCGACCCCCCCGCUCCCCCUCUGCCACGACGGGCACCCCCCCGGGCCUGGCGUGGAGCCACCCCCUGGUGAGAUGAGGGCGUGGCAGUCCUUGGAGGGGCUCGACCUGCGCUUCUCCCAACUCGUUCUGGACCUCCCAAUUCUUUUGGAGGACUCCUCAGCGUGGGAUGACGACUGGAUGCCUCCACCUUACCCCCAGCCUGAGAGCCCCAAGGUGGAGGUCAGUGUGAUCCCCCGGCCCCGCCCGUCUCCUCUGCGGUCCCGCAUCGACCCCUGGAGCAUCAUCUCUACGGGGCAGUCGGGAGUCCCCUGGUGCUCCCCUAACUGCCUCCUCACUGACUGUGACCCCUUUCCUGCUUCGGACCAUGACCCUUUUGCCCGCGGGGUGGAGCCAUUUUGGACCCCAAGACCCCCCUCACCCUCUGAUCCCUUUUCCCCCCCUUUUGUGCCUCUUGCUCCACCCCCUGCGCUGCUCAUGGCAACCCCUCCCCCUCCGCCCACAUAGUGCCCCUGAUUUCCCCUUCUGACUCCUCCUACAUGGAUGUGGGCAGGGCUGUGGGCGGGGCCAGAGCCAGCCCGUCCUAAGAUGCCGCCAAAGAGAAGAAGCUUCGCCCUGUGGACGUCCCCUACACUGCUCAGAGAUGCCCAGGUCUGACCAGGUCCAGCCACCAAGGACCAGCACAACUGAGUGUGAAUCUGUUCCUUAUUUCACCUACUGAGUUUGUGGUCCCAAACUCUGCACACAAUCUAACUUUAAAACGGAGAGAAGAUCCAGGUGACGCAGUCUAUGCCGGGGUGUUUAAGUUGAAGCAGUUAGGAAUGUAGCACAGGCCUGCGUAAUCAUCCCACACCUCUUUGACAUCAGAACCAUCGGAGGUCACCUGUGACAUCCUGCUGUAAAGAUACCUGCGUCUCCUUCAUGUCAACUUUGUGUCACAUGACCUGUGUUUUGAGAGGUCUUUAUGCUCAACAGGACAUAACCAUGAAAUGGUGGUUAUCAGCCACAAUAGGUGGCUAAGUUACCUUAUCCGUGUGUACUGUAUGCUUCUGCAGUUUUACUAUCACAGGUGGCUUGGGUAACCAAAUGCAAGAUAUGACACAGCACUGUGGCUGUAGAGGUGAAAAAAACAGUGGGCUAGUGUGCAUCCCUCUAACUGUCACUCUCUUUUCACCAUCAUGUAUGAGAUUUAAAAAACAAUUCUCAACCCCAUACAUCACCUGAGGGAAGUAAUCGGGGUAUGGACCUAAAACCCUACCUGAUCAAGCGUCAGACCUUCUGCUUGCACCCACUUUCCCAGGCCUUAACAUCUGAUAAAUUUGGAGUGGUUGGAAACUACGGACAAAACUUUAGCAAUAAUACUUUCUACGACUGAGAACAACAGAAAAAAAAUAGAUGAAUAAGACUUUGUACAUUCCAUUAUCUGCCAAAGAUAUAGUUCUGCCCUGAGACAUGCUGUCCACAGUGUUGCUUAUUUAGCCUCAGUUUCAGUCUGAGGGAUGAGCUGUUCUCCUGGACCUCAGGCUUGUGUUGUUCAUGAGUCUCUGGAUGUCUAGUGCUCACACUAAAUUGGCUCUGGGUAGGAAGUAGGCACUCCUACAGUUCUAGGUUUAAAACAGGUGUUCAUUUCUGGAGUGUUUUUGUCCAUCAGGACCACAGUUGGCUACCUAAGUGCUCAUGGCUCAAAAAUCUAGGCUUUGCACAGGUUUGGCACCGAGUCAUCUGUCACAAUUUGUCUAGAGUUGAGGGAACUUCAUUACCCAGAAUCCUCCAGGGCAGCUUCGACAGUCGGCCUUAAAGCAACUUGUGUAUGAAGCCUUAAUUAGUAUGGUUGUGGUCUUCCUCUUCGGGGGCCUAGUGUUUCUGUAUUUUUUUAUAUGAUAGUCCUGAUAGUAUAAUCUGGAUUUUAAACAAUUAAAAAUAGAAAAAUUUUAAUGCCAAAGUGAAAGUCCAGUGAGAUGAGACUCAGUUUUAAUUUUAAUUUUAUUCUUGUUAUUUUUUUUCUCCAGUUGCACCCUUUACCUUGGCAAAGCCCCAGCCAAUUAAACAGCCUGCUGGUUGCACUCUGCACAGGCAGAAUUCAGCGCUGUACCGUGGUGCGUGUCACUGGUCUGAAACCCAGCACGUUAUCUGGGUGAGCAAACUGGCAGGCCUACAGAGACUCUCCUCUUGUUAAACAGGGUCCGUAAAUACCACCGUGUCUUUAAAAGGGCCUCUUCAAAUGGGAGCACGUCCACUUUCCUCAUUAGCUCCCUUCCUGCUGACAUAAGAAUAUCCUCCUAAGACCCAACAGAAUAAAGUAUUAAAUUCUUUUUUUGACAUAGUACAAGUGUCUUGGAUGACA